AUGAAUAAUAUUAAUCUAAUAAAUAUACAUAUGGCAAUGGAUUACUAUAACGAACAAUACAAAAGCAAGAUAGGUAAAGAUGCUAUUCAAGCCGGUGCCAGCAUCAAGAAUCCAUUGAAGUCAGUAGAUAUCUCACUCUCUGAUACUCAAGGUGGGAAUUACACCAACUCACUAAAAGCGAUAGGUAAGAUUCAAUAA